UUGGUUGAAGUCUCCCUGAGCACCUCUGGGAAGUAGUGAUUGAAUCAGGAAAGUGCUGCAGCUGGUGUUAGAAAGUGAAGCCUGAUUAAGGAUUUGAAAAAAAUCGUUUAAAGACGAGAGACCGGCAUUGUUUGAUAUUAGUAGCAGCGCUACACAAUGAUCACGUCGGCGGCUGGAAUUAUUUCCCUUCUUGAUGAAGAGGAACCACAACUUAAGGAGUUUGCUCUUCAUAAACUAAAUUCAGUUGUCAAUGACUUCUGGGCAGAGAUAUCAGAGUCUGUGGAUAAAAUUGAGGUCCUUUAUGAAGAUGAGACAUUCAGGAGUCGAGCGUUUGCUGCUCUUGUAGCCUCAAAGGUUUUUUACCAUUUGGGUGCUUUUGAAGAGUCUCUGAACUAUGCCUUGGGUGCAGGUGACCUCUUCAAUGUGGUUGACAGUUCUGAAUAUGUGGAAACCAUAAUAGCAAAAUGUAUUGACCACUACACCAAGUUGAGAGUGGAGAAUUCUGAUCUUCCUGAUGCCGAGAAGAAGCCCAUAGAUCCCAGGCUAGAGGGUAUUGUGAAUAAAAUGUUUCAGCGCUGUCUUGAUGAUCACUGUUACAAACAGGCCAUAGGUAUUGCUUUGGAGACUCGCAGAUUGGACAUAUUUGAGAAAACUGUUUUGGAAUCUAAUGAUGUUUCUGGAAUGCUAGCGUACAGUCUGAAGCUAUGCAUGACGUUAAUUCAGAACAAGCAGUUUCGAAACUUGGUACUUAGGGUCCUGGUUAAAAUUUACAUGAACCUGGAGAAGCCAGAUUUCAUCAAUGUGUGUCAGUGCUUAAUUUUCCUAGAUGAUCCACAAGCUGUUAGUGACAUUCUGGAAAAAUUGGUGAAAGAUGACAACCUCCUAAUGGCCUAUCAGAUUUGUUUUGACCUCUAUGAGAGUGCCAGUCAGCAGUUCUUAUCCUCAGUUAUCCAAAACCUUCGCACAGUCGGUGCACCCAUAGCUUCAGUCCCUGGAUCAACCAACACUGGCACAGUUCAAGGGUCUGAAAAAGAGAGUGAAACCAUGGAGACGGAUGAGAAGAGUGGAAGUUCACCAGCUGGCAAGCCAACAGAAUGUGCAACCCCAGUAAGAAUUUUAGCUACAACCACAGAACCAAAAGAUCAAACUAAUAAGAUGAUCAAAAUCUUGAGUGGGGAAAUGGCUAUAGAGUUGCAUCUUCAGUUUUUGAUACGAAACAACAACACGGACUUAAUGAUUCUGAAGAAUACAAAGGAUGCAGUAAGAAAUUCAGUUUGCCACACAGCCACAGUCAUAGCAAACUCUUUUAUGCACUGUGGAACGACCAGUGAUCAGUUUUUGAGGGAGAACCUGGAAUGGUUGGCCAGAGCCACAAACUGGGCUAAGUUCACUGCUACAGCUAGUCUUGGCGUGAUUCACAAGGGACAUGAGAAAGAGGCCUUACAGUUGAUGGCAACAUAUUUACCAAAAGACACUUCUCCUGGCUCAGCUUAUCAAGAAGGAGGUGGCCUGUAUGCACUAGGUCUCAUCCAUGCAAACCAUGGUGGUGACAUAAUCGACUAUCUACUUAACCAGCUCAAGAAUGCAAGUAAUGAUAUUGUGCGCCAUGGUGGUAGCUUGGGUCUUGGACUUGCUGCCAUGGGAACUGCACGUCAGGAUGUCUAUGACCUACUGAAAACUAAUUUGUAUCAGGAUGAUGCGGUAACAGGUGAGGCAGCAGGUCUGGCAUUAGGUUUGGUGAUGUUGGGCUCUAAGUCUGCCACAGCAAUUGAGGAUAUGGUGGGCUAUGCACAAGAAACACAGCAUGAGAAGAUUUUGCGAGGUCUAGCAGUUGGUAUUGCACUCGUGAUGUAUGGCAGGAUGGAGGAAGCUGAUGCACUUAUUGAGAGCCUCUGCAGAGACAAAGAUCCAAUCCUGCGACGGUCUGGAAUGUACACUGUGGCCAUGGCAUAUUGUGGUUCUGGAAACAAUAAAGCAAUCAGACGUCUCCUCCAUGUGGCGGUCAGCGAUGUCAACGACGAUGUCCGAAGGGCUGCUGUGGAGUCUCUUGGAUUCAUUUUGUUCAGAACACCAGAGCAGUGUCCCAGUGUUGUAUCCCUUCUGUCAGAGAGCUACAAUCCACAUGUGAGGUAUGGGGCUGCCAUGGCGCUGGGUAUAUGUUGUGCUGGAACAGGAAAUAAGGAAGCAAUUAAUUUGCUGGAGCCAAUGACAAAUGAUCCUGUAAACUAUGUGCGACAGGGAGCUCUUAUUGCCUCUGCAAUGAUCAUGAUCCAGCAGACAGAGGUCAUCUGCCCAAAGGUCAACCAGUUUCGUCAGCUGUAUGCAAAAGUCAUCAGUGAUAAACAUGAUGAUGUCAUGGCCAAAUUUGGAGCCAUCCUAGCACAAGGCAUUCUUGAUGCAGGUGGUCACAAUGUAACAAUCUGUUUGCAGUCAAGAACAGGCCACACCCACAUGCCUACAGUGGUGGGUGUUUUGGUAUUCACCCAGUUCUGGUUCUGGUUCCCCCUGUCUCACUUCCUGUCACUAGCAUUUACCCCUACCUGUGUCAUCGGCCUGAAUAAGGAUCUGAAGAUGCCAAAGGUCCAGUACAAGUCCAACUGUAAACCAUCUACAUUUGCCUAUCCUGCUCCCCUUGAGGUGCCAAAGGAGAAGGAGAAAGAAAAGGUUUCCACUGCAGUGCUUUCCAUCACUGCAAAAGCUAAGAAGAAGGAAAAGGAAAAGGAGAAAAAAGAGGAUGAAAAAAUGGAAGUGGUGAGUAGAAAAUUUGAGGAAACAGAAAAGAAAGAGGAAAAAGAAAAGGAAAAAGAAAAGAAGAAAGAACCUGAGCCCAACUUCCAACUUUUGGAAAAUCCAGCAAGAGUAAUGCCAGCCCAGCUCAAAGUCUUAUCAAUUCCUGAGCCCUGCCGAUACCAACCUUUCAAACCACUUUCACUUGGUGGUAUCAUUAUUCUGAAGGAUACCAGUGAGGACGUGGAGGAGCUAGUUGAACCUGUUGCUGCUCAUGGUCCAAAGAUAGAAGAGGAAGAACAAGAACCUGAACCUCCUGAACCUUUUGAGUACAUCGAUGAAUAAAGUGUAUUAGAAAAGUUCUACAGAAGAAUGUCCAGACUUCACUACAUCUGUCAUACAGUAUUUAAGAUGGAUUGUUUACAACAUACUUCAGGCUGACGGGUCUAUCCAGAUAUAAAUGACUGUUCCACUUGGUGUUCGGAGAUAACAUAAUUUUAAAACAGCUGUGCACCUUAGGAAAAGAAGCUUGCUUUUUGUACCCAGAGAAUAAAGCAGUACAGUGGAAUACAA